GCAUUUCAAACAUAAUAAUUUCGAGCUUUUGGACAACUUUCUAAGUGCUAGCAUGGUACUUCCACAUGAGUCAACAAAUGUCUACGAGAAGAUUGAAACGUUAAAAUUACCAUUUAUGAAAUCAAUUGUAAACGUUUUAAAUUUUUGGAAAGACAGAAAGUCAAACGAUCCAGAGCUUUAUGCUCUAAGCAAAGUAUGUUUUGCUAUACCGCCAACGCAAGUUACAAUAGAGCGAGCUUUUUCAUCUAUGAAACUGGUGUUGUCGGAUAACCGAAAUAGAUUAAGCCACGAAACCUUAGAAAAUAUACUUCUUGUCAAGCUAAAUUCAACACACUUAGAUAGUGCCAUCGACAACCUAAGUUUGAUUGAAAACGACAUCUAACCAUAAACUUUUAACUAUACGUAUGAGUUUUUUUUUUUUUAUUUUAUUAUUUUCUUGUAAUUUCGACUGAAUAAAACUUUAUA